UCCAUAAUAACUCUUCUCUAGGCCGAAAACGACAUUAGUGUGGUGUCGUUUUGGUGCAAGCAUCUUCGUUGACCUUGUUGCUCUUCAAAAACCGAUCGAACGCGUUUGCAUUUGCAUUUGCAAUUAUUGCAUUGGCAUUGGGUUUGGGAGAAGGAAGGAAAGAUCAUCUUUUUUUUUUUUUGCUCCAUUCUUCAAAAUCGAAGAAGAUCCGAUCCCAUCCAUUCAUUCACUCUGCAACAUUCUGCAUUUAUAUCCGAUAUCUUCUUCUACUGCACUUCACUCCGGUUUCAAGGUUCCGUCAACAUUUCCAUGUCUCAUGCUAUCUGAUAAUUCUUUGAGUUACUAGCUUCUCUGUCCUGACCACUUUGGUAGCGGAAAGCAAGCUUUGGAAAAGUCAGUUUGUCUUUGUUGUUCACAAAAUGUUUUAAGAUGGAAGACAUGAGCAAAGACAACUGACUGAAGUGAAAAAUACAUAUAUCGAGCUUGCUCACCCGAAGGCGAUUGGUGAUGUAGGUAUAAUAAAUGACCGGCCAGUCGAAGUAUGAGGAUGAUGAAAUUUCCGAAGCGUUAUUUAAUCGUCAUUUUGACCUUCAUCUGCACAUCAGUAUGCUAUAUAGAACGUGUGGGCUUCUCCAUUGCUUAUACUUUCGCAGCUGAUGGUGCCGGGGUAAAUCAAUCUAGCAAAGGCAAAAUACUGUCUGCAUUCUACUAUGGAUAUGCUUGUUCGCAGGUGCCUGGAGGAUGGGUGGCCCAGAGAAUUGGAGGAAGAAAGGUUCUUCUCCUCUCAUUUCUUUUGUGGUCAAUGACUUGUGCACUAGUUCCCCCCAACCCUAAUCUAGUUCUAACCUUGGUAGUCGCCCGCCUGCUCGUCGGCGUUGCACAAGGGUUUAUCUUCCCAUCGAUUCACACGGUCCUGGCUCAGUGGGUCCCGCCCCAUGAGAGAUCCAGGUCUGUUUCUCUCACAACCUCUGGCAUGUAUCUAGGUGCUGCUGCGGGAAUGCUUUUCCUUCCAAGCUUGGUGAAAUAUCAAGGUCCUCAGUCUGUUUUUCUUGCCGAGGCAGCCCUAGGUGCUAUGUGGUCUUUGCUUUGGUUCACAUAUGCCACCGACCCACCUCGUUCUGAACAUCCUAAAGCCACGGCUGCUGGUUUUGGGGAAUCUUUAUUGCCAAUUAAAGGGGGUCAAAAGUUUAAAGUGGAGAAUGGAGGAAAUACUGUCAGGACUUCUACCAAAAUCCCAUGGAAGAGAAUUUUAAUAAGCUUGCCGGUUUGGGCAAUUGUGGUUAAUAAUUUCACGUUCCACUACGCGUUAUAUGUUCUGAUGAAUUGGCUGCCCACGUACUUCGAAUUAGGCCUCAAGCUUAGCCUUCAGGAGAUGGGUUCUUCCAAGAUGAUGCCUUAUCUCAACAUGUUCAUAUUCUCGAAUAUUGGUGGUAUGUUGGCUGACCACUUUGUCACCAAGAGAAUCUUAUCCUUGACUAAUACCCGGAAGUUCUUGAACACUGUUGGGUUUAUAGUCGCUUCUCUUGCAUUGAUGGCAAUACCCGUCUUCAGAACUUCUAAUGGAGCUGUACUUUGUUCUUCUGUGGCUCUUGGAUUCUUGGCACUUGGGAGAGCUGGUUUUGCAGUGAAUCACAUGGAUAUUGCUCCAAGAUAUGCAGGGAUAGUGAUGGGAGUUUCAAAUACUGCUGGAACGUUGGCUGGAAUUAUCGGAGUUGAUUUAAGUGGCAAGCUAUUGGAAGCCGCUAGAGCCAUCGAUUCGGAUCUUUCGAGUGCGGAAAGUUGGAAAAUGGUGUUUUUUAUACCGGGGUUUCUCUGCAUUUUCAGUUCUGUUGUAUUCUUAUUGUUUGCAACAGGGGAGAGGAUUUUUGACUGAGAUACACAAGUUUUGACGUACAAAAGCUUAGCUUGGCGUUUGAAAGGUCACUUACAUAAAUUAUUGGAAAAUUUUUUGAAGUAAUCAGCAUGAAAUUAGUGGUCUGUGGCUAUUAAAAUUUAUUCUUUAGAUGUAUUUUGCUAAAUUAUUUUUCAUCCCCACACCUGGGUUAUUGAUUUUUUCUUGGUUGUGAAAGUGUUGAGUUGUUAUUUAUUGACCACAGAAAAUAAUGUCUCAUCAUGACAUGGAGAUGUUGUAACUCUAUGUAACCUGAACUUGUUGCUUGUAUCAUCUGUGAUUCCCAACACCUUAAAUUCACUAUACAUGGUCACAUGUAGUUUCUUAAAA